AGUAUUUUGUAAAACCAAAGCAGCGCUGAUGGAAUGUCAUUCGUACUGUACUAUGGUUGCCGGGUAUCUUACUCCUUUUCGGCCCUUCCCUCUACAAUGGCAACCCAGGAACCCUCAACGCCUACUCACCAAAUUGCUCCUCCAUCUCACACUCCAGAGGCUCAUUUUUCCAUGCCGGAGUGCCAAGAAUCUUUAUUUUCAACACCUCCACGCGUAGAUGGAAGACGCCGCCCUCGCCCUCCUCGAACAACUCCUCAUCCACGCACUCUCCACACUGACAGAGAUGUACGAUUACAAGUUCAAACGCUGCACCAAUUUGGCCACUCCCUAAAAGAGAUAUCCAGGGUGCUAGGGAUCACGUACAGGCAGGCACAAUACGCACAUUCAUGAACAAGUUGAUGAGAUAGAGCUAUUUGUUGUAAGCUCACAGGUUGGAAGACUGCUCCCUUACCAUAAGCUUGCCCAGUUAUUCUCCCACUAUGGAGCUACAGAAUCUAGCAUCCGUCACGCCCUUGAAAAACGCGGUUACCGACGUCAUGUGGCACGCCAGAAACCUCCCCUCUCUGAAGCUACUAAA